UGGAUCUUCCUCCUGUCUCUCUGUCUCAUCGCAAACUCUUGUGCACCCUCUGGUGCUUGCACGACUCCAGAACUUCUUUGUGUUGCCUGCUUAGCAGAUUGUCUUCCUUGUCUGUGAGGCAGCUCAUUAUACAGAGACAGACUGAGCUCAGGUCAUCUGCUGCUGGUGUGCUGAAGAAGAAGAAGCAGCAGAAGCAGGAGGGAAGAUGGCGAUCAUUGUGCUGCUCUAGACCGGACACAACUUUACAGAAGAUCUCGAUCCAGGAUCCAGGCGUUUCCCUGAUUUUCCAGGGAGUUGUAAGCGAUGGAAGUGCUGCAGUGCGAUGGCUGUGAUUUCCGUGCAGAGUCCAAUGAUGAGCUCAAAUCGCACAUACAGGACGUCCACACAGCCUUUCUGCAGCCUACAGAGGUGGUAGAGGGCAAUGAGUCACCCCAGAGGUCAAGGUCAAACUCCAUACACUCCCUCAGCCCCAUAGACGAUGAAGAGGACUUGACUAAUAAUGAUUACGACUCGUUGAAAAAGAAUGCAGGCCUCCACACCUUUAACAAAGAUAUUGGACACUUCUCUGGUUCAAAGCAAGCAAAACAAAACCAUCCAGCAAAGCCUGCAAUCAAAACAUCAAGCCCAUUUUUCCAGUGCAAGUUCUGCGUGCGGUACUUCAGGUCCAGCUCUCUUCUCGUUGAACACACUAGAAAGGUCCAUGGUAUCGCCAGAGAAACCUUUCCAAGUGACGAGAACUCCCUCAACGCUCCCAAGCAGUCCAGCUACAGCAGUACAAACCAUGAUGGUGUAGGAACUGUCUUCUCCUGCCAAUAUUGCACUUUUAAAACCCCACUCCGAGCACGAAUGCUGAAACACCAGAAAAUGCAUAGCAAAGAUGGUCUUCCAAGAGCCUCAGCCUCUCCUGUCGAAGCAGAGGUUCUGGAUGUGGACUCUGAUGCAACCUCGUUUGAAGAACAUUGCGAAGAGCCAUCAGGAGAUGUUCUAGAACAUCAAGUGCUGGAAUCGAUGGUAAAACCCCACUCAAAAGGAGGAUUUAACUGUGAGUGGUGUGGCUUUCAGACUUUAAAAAGGCAGCAGUUAGCCGAUCACAUGAUGAAGAAACACCGUAACAUGGUGAAGAUCAUGGCGUCGCUGCAACAGCCUAAAAUGCAGGAUGGACGUGCAGGAUCCAGCAAAUUUGAUUGCACUACAUCACGGAGAAGCACUCAGACCUCCAAUCUAAUAUUGAAUGAUCUAGCCAGCAAUGAAGGUUCCUGCGUCAAUGCCUCCUCAAUGAAAGGAUCUUCUGGCAGUGCAACAGUCAAGCCCAUUUCAGGGAUAUCAAAUUAUAAGUACUCACAGCUCACUGCAAAAUUACCCAACAGCACAGGAUCUUCCAUACUGUCAGAGAGAUCGACUUUCACCAUGUCAGAUAUGUCAAGCUCUGCCGUGGAUCUAGAUGCCAACAUGCUUAACGAUUCCAGAAGCAGUUCAGAUGAUGAAAUCGGUGACUUGACUGAUCCUAAUCGCACAGAGACAGCUGAGGAUUCGGCUAAGCUGCUUCUGUCAGAAGAGGACAGUGACCUACUGGAAACUAAAGGAGUUCCAUUCAAAAGACACAUGAACAGGUUUCAGUGCCCUUUCUGUUCGUUCUUGACCAUGCACCGCCGUAGUAUUUCUCGUCACAUAGAGAACAUACACUUAUCUGGUAAGGCAACGGUGUAUAAAUGUGAUGAGUGCCCCUUUCUGUGCACCAACCCACUAAAGCUGGACUCGCACAAACAAUGUCAUGGUGGGUCUUUCGAAUGGGAAACCAUGGACUUAACCAAUGAAUCUCAAGAAGGUCCUGAACGCUCAGAGGCGGUGAAUGGAGGAAAGAGCAACUCUAAAAUCAAUGGUAAGAAAUCCAGUGCUGCAGAGGAUCAGCAGGGUCCUCAUCGCUGUUCAUUGUGUAACUUCUCCACAACAACACUGAAAGGCCUGCGUGUCCACCAGCAACAUAAACACUCGUACUGUGAUGGAACACAAGUCUCUGGUAAAGAGGGCUUGUCCAGUGAGCAACAAGAUUCAGAGUCGUAUGGCAUUUCAAACUUUGUUAAAAAAACUCAAACAUCAAUACUUGGGUCAACCAAGAAGCACCUUAUUGGGAAGACGGCCAGGAAAUCCAUCAAUGACUUGCCCUUGGAUCUGUCUCCUGUCAAAAAACGAACAAGGAUCGAUGAAAUUGCCAACAAUCUCCAGAGCAAGAUUAGUCAAAGCCAACAGCACGAAGAUGUGAUUAACCUUGAGGAGAUGGAUGAUGACGUCGAGGAGAACGGUAAUCACGUUGAUUUUGAAUCAAGCCAAGAACGAGAAAACUCUGAGAUUGUAAGUCAGUGCUACACACUCAACACUCAGCACCUUCACGUGAAGAAUUCUGGAGGUUUGCAUACAGAGCGUGGUGUCGGGAAAAGAAAACGCACCCUGCAGUCCAAAGUCAGCUCGAGAAACUUUCCCGUUCCAGUUAAUAUUUCUGAUGAUGAAGACAAUUAUUGUGCCUCUAUGGAAUCAAAAGAUGUUCAAGAUCACAGCAGUCAAGAUGGCAGAGAUGCUUAUCAGGACAGUGUUGAAUACACAGAGGGAAGUGGCAGCCUUUUUUACUGCAAACAUUGCGAAUACCAAAACAAGUCUGCUCGCAGUGUCAGCACACACUACCAGAGAAUGCACCCUUACAUCAAGUUUAGCUUCAGAUACAUCUUAGAUCCAGAAGAUCAUAGUGCAGUCUUCCGUUGUCUUGAGUGCUUCAUUGAAUACAACAACUUUAAUGAUCUCCACCAUCACUAUAUGUCACACCAUCCAGAAGCAAGCAACGUCCUGAACUUUAACCAGCCAGAUCUGGUUUACAUGUGCCGUUUCUGUUCAUACACCAGUCCAAAUGUGAGGAGUCUGAUGCCCCAUUAUCAGAGAAUGCACCCUUCUGUGAAGAUCAACAAUGCUAUGAUCUUCUCCAGCUACAUGGUUGAUCAGCCUCAAAAGGGUGCAACAGAGUCCCAAACACUGAGAGAAAUCCUGAAUUCUGGACCAAAGAGUCUCAGCUCCACCUCGUCUGGUUCCAGAUCAUCAUCAAGUCCUGCUCUCAAAAACAUCUGCAAAACCCCAGAUGCCAAUGCAGAGGCUGAAGCUUUUCAAGAAGGUCUGGGUGGUAAUGUGGUGGUGUACGACUGUGAUAUUUGUUCUUUUUCAAGCCCCAACAUGCACUCAGUGUUGGUCCAUUAUCAGAAGAAACACCCUGAGCAAAAGGCCUCAUACUUCCGAAUUCAGAAAACCAUGCGUGUCACAUCAGUUGACAGAAAACAGCUCUCAAGCAACUCAACCUACACCCUGUCCAGCACCCCAAAGUCUUCGAAAGUUACCUUACCUGUACCUCUGGAUGAAGAUGUGUAUUUCUGCAAACACUGUGUCUACAACAACCGCUCUGUUGUGGGCGUUUUGGUCCACUACCAAAAACGGCACCCAGAGAUUAAGGUAACAGCAAAGUACAUCAAGCAAGCUCCGCCGACCCCAGGGCUAAUGAAACUGAUGGAUGAGUUGCAGAUUGCACCUCCUAAACAGUUUCUAAAGCAAUUCAACAACAAUGGGAUUGAAGGAUCAAAUAAUUCAAACACUGAAGGAGUGUCUGAUAAAGGAGAACCUGAAAUGCUCUUCUUCUGCCAGCACUGCGACUACGGGAACCGCACUGUGAAAGGCGUUUUGAUUCACUACCAGAAGAAGCACAAGGAUGUGAAAGCCAAUGCUGAACUUGUUCGUAGGCAUACAGCUGUGGUUCGGAGCCAGAGAGAACGAGCGCAGAUGAUCCAAGCAGGAAGUUCCACAUCUACGGCAACUGUAGCUCAUGAAUCCGAAAAAUCCAGGUCACUGCGAUCUUUGAAAUGCCGACACUGUGUGUACACAUCUCCAUAUGUGUAUGCCUUAAAGAAGCAUUUGAAGAAGGAUCAUCCUACUGUGAAGGCCACGGCCAUGACGAUCUUGCACUGGGCUUUUCAGGAUGGCGUGUUGGAGGCGGGUUAUCACUGUGAGUGGUGCAUCUAUUCCCACGCUGAACCGAGCGGCCUGCUCAUGCAUUACCAAAGACGCCACCCAGAGCACAAUGUUGACUAUGCUUACAUGGCUAGCAAGUUGUGGGCUGGACCUGAUACUUCCACCAGUAGGCAGGCAGGGAACUCUGAAACAAAGCAUUACCAAUGCCGAGAUUGUGCCUUUGAGGCCUGCUCCAUCUGGGACAUAACUAACCAUUACCAAGCAGUGCACCCUUGGGCUAUCAAAGGUGACGAGUCUGUCCUCAUUGACAUUAUCAAGGGGAACGAAGCAUCAGAGAAGCUUCUCCCACAGUUGACCAAAGGACAUGCUUCUAUGUCCAAUGUGUUCAACAGUCACCAUCAAGAAGAGGGUGCGGUUGAAGUCAGCCGUCCGACACAUGAGCGGCACCAUAAUCUCUCUUUAUCUGCCACCUCAUUGAUCUCCAACAAUCCUUACCAGUGCACUGUGUGCUUGUCAGAGUACAACAGUCUCCAUGGGCUUUUGACCCACUAUGGAAAGAAACACCCAGGUAUGAAGGUGAAAGCGGCUGACUUUGCUCAGGAAGCGGACAUCAACCCUAGCUCUGUUUAUAAGUGCAGACACUGUCCAUACGUGAACUCUCGUAUCCACGGAGUUCUCACACACUACCAGAAACGGCAUCCAUCCAUCAAAGUUACGGCGGAAGACUUUGCUGAUGAUGUAGAGCAGGUAAACGAGUUGGGUAGCGAAGGGGAUGAAAAGUCUAAAACGCAGAGGCAGGGCUAUGGCGCUUACCGCUGCAAGAUGUGCCUGUAUACCCAUGGGACUCUAGAGAAACUGAAGAUACACUAUGAGAAGUAUCACAACCAGCCUGUCUUAAAUAUGUUCAAAGCAGCUGUCACGCAGUCACCGGCCAGAAGAGAUGAUUCAGUGGCUGAAUGCAGUAGCAGCAAUGUGACAGAAGUCUCUGAGUUCUGCGACUUUGACGUCACACUCUCUGAACUCGCAAAGAGCGACAAGCAUACAGUUUUUAAAUGUCAGCUUUGCAAAUAUGUCUGCUCCACUCGGAAAGGUAUCGCUCGUCACUACCGUAUCAAACACAACAAUGUUAGAGCUCAACCCGAAGGGAAGAACAAUGUGUUUAAAUGUGCACUCUGCUCCUACACCAACCCCAUCCGCAAGGGUCUCGCAGCACACUACCAGAAGCGCCACGACAUCGAUGCGUACUACACUCAUUGCUUGGCAGCAUCAAAGAUGGUGAGUGAGAAACCGAACAAGGUCAUGCUGCCCUUGGCAUCAGACGCUGAGACUCCAGUCAUGAGUGAGGAACUGCGGCUCUCGGUGGACAGAAGGAAAUGUUCCCUCUGCUCGUUCCAGGCAUUCAGCAGGAAGAGUAUUGUGUCUCACUACAUCAAGCGCCACCCAGGAGUCUUUCCCAAGAAGCAGCCCUCCAGCAAACUGGGCCGUUACUUCACUGUGAUCUAUCCCAAAGAGGCAGAGAAACCUCUCUCCAAUGAGGAUGUGGAGAUAGUUGAAGUUAAAGAUGAGGUGGAACCUGAAAGUGACAUGGACUGGCUCCCCUUUAAAUGUGUGAAAUGUUUCAAGCUCUCAUUCUGCGCUUCAGAGCUUCUGGUGAUGCAUUAUAGUGACUGCCACAGUAAAGAACUCAAGCGGGACUUUGUCACCAUUCCAAGUCCAGCAGAAGAUGGGACCGAGCUCUACCAGUGCACCCACUGUGAAAUCAAGUUCUUGGCUCUUCCAGAACUUAGUGUCCAUCUGAUGAGCCACAACGAGGAUUUCCAAAAAAGAGCUAUGAGACUGGAAAGGAGAAAACUGCUUCAAAGUAAACAGAGGCCUACAGAACCAUCAGACAUCAAACCAGAGAAUAAGGUGGACAUUACGGCCGAAAAGACUCCCAUCGGCUACAGGUGUAACUUCUGUGUGGAAGUUCACCCCACCCUCCGCGCCAUCUGUAACCAUCUUAGAAAGCAUGUGCAGUACAGACAAGCCAAGGAAGGUCAUGUGAUGCAGGAAGCAGUUGAGUUGCCUGCUCCUCUUCCUGCGGACGGGAUCACCAAUGGCGAACUGGAGGAUGUUGUUGCCAUGGACGCUGCCCCUCUGGAGACUGAUUCACCACCGAUGGGUGUCGCAAUGGAGACUGAGCAGUCAAUGCCUGUGGAAACGAGGCCGAUGGAUGGAUCGGUUGGCGUUUCAGUGGAGCAGGAAAAGCCGCGAGCAGUUCCAGGUCACCCGUGCAGCCUAUGUGACCGCAUGUUCAUGUCCAUGCAGGGCCUGCGCUCGCACGAGAGGAGUCACUCCACUGUCACACUUGUCAGUAAAAGCGGCAAAUACAACUGCCAGUACUGUCAGUUCUCCUCACCAUUCAGACACAAUUUGGAUCGUCACGUUCAGUCUCAUCAUGGACAUCAGAAGCCCUUCCGAUGCAAGUUCUGUCCCUUUAAAUCAUCAUACCUGAACCGACUCAAGAGCCACCUGCACAAAACACAUGCAGGUGAACACACUUAUAAGUGUAUCUCGUGUGCAUUCACUGCCGCCACCAUCACUCAGCUGAAGGAGCACUCGCUGCGAGAACACGGCGAGACGCUCACGCUGCCCAGACUCGGAGCUGGAGCCGUGCAGCACUCAGCACGCCCAAACGACGAACACAACUUCGAAGAAACGCCCUCCGACCCACAAUGCAACGAGUCUGCGGGGUAUCUGGAGCCAACAGACGUUGAGCAGCAGAUGAGUCACUAUCAGCAGGCAUCAGCAAGUGCCAGUCCAUCGUCUGCUUCUCCACUAGCGCUAGCUGCAGAGGCUGCGGUUCCUCAGGCUCGGCCCGAUGUCAUCCUCACCUGUGAGUUCUGUGAGUUCAGCUCUGGAUACAUGCAGAGUCUGCGAAGACAUUACCGCGACCGACAUGGAGGAAAGAAGCUCUUCAAAUGCAAAGAUUGCUCAUUCUUCACCUGCUACAAGUCUACGUUCACGCUGCAUGUUGAGAGCGGUCACACCAGCACCCCUGAGGAGACUCCCAAAGAUCUGCGCUGUCCGUUCUGUCUGUAUCACACCAAACACAAGAGUAGCAUGAUCGACCACAUCAUCCUGCACAGAGAGGAGCGUGUGGUGCCUCUAGAAGUGUCUCGCUCAAAGCUCUCGCGUCAUCUGGAGGGCGUGGUGUUCCGCUGUCAUAAAUGCACCUUCACGUGUUCCAGCGAGCAGAACCUUCAACAGCACGUCCACAAACACGAAGAACUGAAGCCGUAUCAGUGUCAACUCUGUUACUAUGACAGCAAACUCCUGGAUGAACUCGAGAUACACCUGCAACAGGAGCACAAGGUGCUGCGAAACUUUGAGCUGGUGGGGCGGAUGAACCUGGAUCAGCUGGAGCUAAUGAAGGAGAGGAUGAACGAGGAAGCCGACACUGUCGAGGAGGAAGAGGAAGAGGGGCUGAUGGAAGAGGAAGAGGAAGAAAAGCUAGAUGAGAGCAGACAGGAAGAGACGAGCGAUAGACAUGAGGAGAAGAGCGACAGACAUGAGGAGACGAGCGACGGACAUGAGGAGACGAGCGACAGACAUGAGGAGAUGGGUGCUCCGGUUCUGGAGUCUCCGGUCAGCAGCGGCGUAAAACGCUAUCCAUGCGAGUUCUGUGGCCGAACGUUCACACUCAGCACAGAAUGGGAGAGACAUGUUCUUCGGCACGGCAUGACUGUUAACAGCAGCAAGAAAGACGGCAGUCCUGUGACCUCAUCAACUCUGCCUCUGAUUGGUCCCGUGGCUGUGAUUGACAGAGGCCUGGACCUAUCCAGUAACACUGUGGAUGCUGCGAGGGCGGAUCAAUCCGACCAAUCCAAGAGUCCGAUUGAGAACAAGGAAGACAAAGAGACGCUGGAGACCAAAAACGACCCUUAGGAGCAAAACUAAAUC